AUGGAAGUGGCUGAGAGCAGAGAGCAGACCUCAGUUGGUCCGACAACGGGGGCAGAGUCAACCAUGACCAAUGGCGAGCGGAAUCCCUUUUUGGAUGACCCUCUCAUGGAUGACGGACGAUCGAGUAGCUUGAGUGAGAUCGACGACGUCUCCGACGACGAGCCAUCUGACUUUGACGACUCGCCCAAGCUCGAGAAGCAGCUGGAAAACGACUCGGAGGCAGAAACCGAGCGCAUCGAGGACUCCCCGCACAAUAUUCGAAAACGUGACAUUGUGCUCAGCGCUGGCGGCACUGGCAGCGCUGGUCCGAGUCCCAGCAAGCUUCACCAGUCUACCACCCUUGACGAUGUCGACGAUGACGAGCACCUAGUGGACGACUCGCCCAGCAAACCACGCCGGCCCUCCAGCAACGCAAUCGAUGACGAGAAUGCCGAUCUCGACGAUGUCGAACUCCCCGAUAGUAUCGGAAAGAAGCGCAAACGCGUUGAAGCCGGCGACGAAACCGGGACCGAGCUUGGCGAAGACGAGCCGCUCAAGAAACGCCGAAGCUCCAUCAAGAGCGAUCUGAGUGACCCGAUCGAUGACGAUACCCCUCUUUCACCGGAGCCAAUGAUGGAUGAUGAGCCAGCUCCAAUAAUGGACGAUGAGCUGCCUAUUGACGACAUCCCCGAAUCAGAACUGCCCGCUAUACCAUCCAAGGGCAAAAGGGGCAAAAAGGGUAAGCGGAAAGGAAGGAGAGUCCAAUAUGGAGACGAGGAUACAGAGACUGGCGAUGCAGACGCUAGUAUAGAGGAUGCUGCUGACGACAAUCUUGGUGAAGUUGAAGAACCAACGGAACCUGUCGACGAAGUCGAUGACGCUGAAGCCGCUGCUCGGGUGGAAGAAGAGUCUGCGAAAAAGAUGUCUGCCAUGGAAUCAUUGGCGACGUUGGAGAAGGAGUUUGCGACGUUACGAGACAAAAUUUACGAUGAACGGAUCACAAAGCUCAAUCGCGAGUUGGAAAUGCUGACAGGUCCGAAUCCGACGCAUCCCGAGUACCUGCGUCAGAUUGAAUGUGUGCAACGUUACCGGGACGCCAAAAUCAAAUACGAGCACACCUUGUACCGCUACCGCAUGAAGGCUUUGUUGAAUAAGAGCCUGGCCGAGCGAGCGCAGGGUCACAGCACCUUUUUCCAGCGCGUUCGAGAUGUACGUGAACGCCAUUCAAGUGCGAUCAGCAAGCGAUUCUAUGCGAUCCAGCAUGAUCGUUUCAAGACGGAUGAGUUGAGCCCGCACCAUAUUGUGCCAUUCCCGACCCGCCGAUCGCAGCAAAUCGCACAUCAGACCGCCUACAACCAUGAGGUUUCCAUCAUGGCUGGUGUUGCCAAGUAUGUUGGCUUCCCGGCUGCGCCGACUUUAUUGGGAGCUCGUCCGUCCGAAUUGGACGAUGAUUUGGAGAAGAUGGGGAUAACUAUCGAGACGCGAGUGUCGGUUCCACGACAUUCACAUUCAUCGGCAAUGCCCCCUCGUGGUACUGUGUCAGCCAUGUCGUCCAGCAUUUUCCGCACAGCCGCCGAGGAAGCCUUCCUAGAGCAAACGCCCUGGGCCAAUCCUCAACAUCCCAUCCAUCAACAACAGCCACAGCACCAAUACUCUCAACAUCAUCGGCCCCCGGCAUCCUCGUACGCCACACCAGCAGCUCAAAAGCGGGUAGUUGAUAUCAACGCGCCCAAUGGAUCUGCGUCCACUAUUCCCGAGAAUAUGUCGGCGGCCAACUCAUCCGCCAACAACACCCCCUACGGCAUCGAGCAGGAUCCUCGUCACCCCGCUCAAGGGCCGUUUCGAAAUCCAGACUACGACACUGAGCAUAAAUCUGGAUUCCGAUCUCAUAGUUCUUCUCCCUUAGACGUUCGAAAGGCUCAGCCACACCCGGGCCAUCUCCUCGAACGGCGCUCUCCAGGGCCCGAUGCGUCCCACAAUUCUCUCUUCUCCCCACUUCCCGCUCGGGCUGGUUUGUUCCAACCCUCCACCUCCAAACCGAGUGCCUCGCCAUCUCUCCCUUCGAAGCCAGUCGACUCGAUACAUUAUCACCCACACCAACAUGAGAUCUCUGCGGAAUCAGGUUCAAGUCAUUUGCCUGCUCGGUAA